AUGGAGGAGAAGUUGCCGGGUGCCUUUUCACAGGCUCUGCCUGUGGAUUGCACCGACGAUGCUGUGGAAUACCUUCAGGGCCAUGCGGUCGGCCCCGACAGCUCUCAGAUCGAUCUGCGGGCUUUGCGUCGAAAGAUUGACUGGCAUUUGAUACCUUUCAUGUUCUCCUGCUAUGUGCUGCAAUUUCUGGACAAGGUCAUGCUUAACUAUGCUGCCGUCAUGGGAAUGAAAACGGAACUCCACCUCGCGGGGAAUGAGUACACCAACACCGCAACGUGGUUCUUCUUGGCCUAUCUGAUCGCCGAGGCUCCUAAUAUCUACUGCCUCCAGAAAGUCCCUGCCGCCAAGUGGCUCGGUGCAAAUGUCGCUCUCUGGGGAGUUGCUGCUGCAGCGUCCGCAGGCGCCAAAAACUAUGCGACCCUCCUCACUGCCCGUGUCUUCUUAGGUAUCUUCGAGGCCACGAUUGGACCAUCUCUGAUGCUCAUCAGCAGUCAAUACUAUACAAAAAGCGAACAAGCACCUCGAUUCACCCUUUGGUAUAAUGGUUUGGGAGUAGCCCAGAUCAUUGGUGGUCUAGUAUCCUUUGGCUUCCAGCAUGUUCACCACGGGGCCACCCUUGCCGGAUGGCGCAUCAUGUUCCUGGUCAUUGGCUUGGCCACUGUGCUGAUUGGUGUGCUCACUCUACUCUUCAUUCCCGACACCCCCAUGAAGGCCAAGUGGCUGUCUGAGGAAGAAAAGGUGGCUCUCCUGCAGCACGUCAGUGUCAACCAGACGGGAGUGUGGAGUAGCUCCAUCAACCUUAAGCAAAUCUGGGAAGCUGUGCUCGACAUCCAGCUCUGGCUGUUGGUCUUGAUCACCAUCCUCAUCUCUGUUUCUAGCGGUGUCGUAACCACCUACUCCGCCACUCUCAUCUCCGGAUUUGGAUACUCCGGUCCUAUUUCCGCCCUUCUCAACAUGCCCUCCGGCAUCGUCAGUAUCUUCUUCACCCUUCUGGUUGGCUUUGGUAUCCGCAGAACCUCUCACCGCUGGGCGUGGAACGCCUUCUGCACCAUCCCCGGCAUUAUCGGCGGUGGCCUCCUCUCAUUCCUCCCCAAGAGCAACAAGGCCGGUGUUCUCAUUGGUAUCUACCUGGUCAAUGCCAUUGUUGCCACCCUUCCCAUCCUGUACCAGUGGACCAUGGCCAACUGUGCCGGUCAUACGAAGCGUGCUUUCAGCAGUGCUCUGAUCGCCGGUUCCUUCUCGGUCGGAAACAUCAUCGGGCCUCAAACCUUCCAGGCCCGCGAUGCCCCUGAAUACCGUCCCGCGAAGAUUGCGGUGCUGGCCACCCAGGCUGCGGCAGCUGUCAUGUCUGUCGUGCUGUUCGCAUAUUAUGUGUGGGAGAACCGGAGACGGGAUAGCCGGUACGGUAAGGUGGAGGAUUCGAUGGUGGAUGAGGCCAAGUGGGCUGGUUUGACUGAUAAAGAGAACACGAGAUUCCGUAUAGAGAUUGAGGAAGAAACUCUCCCUACUUACCGGCCUGAAAAGUACUACCCCGUGCAGCAGGGCGAAGUGUUGAAUAACAGGUACCAAGUACUGGCCAAGUUGGGCUACGGAGUGACUUCGACAGUAUGGUUAGGUCGCGACCUGCAUGACUCAAAAUAUGUUGCUCUCAAGGUCUAUGUUACUGGUCACAAAAAGAAUCAUGAGCUAGAGAUAUACAACCGUAUGGAUGCUGCAGAAGUAGAGCAUCCUGGGAGAGAUCUCAUUCGCAAGCUCUUCGAUUAUUUCACCAUCACCGGGCCCCACAGCCCUCAUGUUUGUCUUGUUCAUGAACCUAUGGGUAUGAGUGCAGAAACACUCCUGCAGAAAUACAUCCCUGGGCAAACCAUGACUCUGGAUGAGAUGAAGUCUUGUAUCAGGCAGCUAUUGAUCGCUCUGGACUUUCUGCACUCGUUUGCUCGUAUAGUGCACACUGAUCUUCAAUUGAAGAACUUGCUCCUCCCUAUCCCAGAUGCUAAGACACUCGAGGAUCUCGAAGAGCGGGAAGUCAAUGAUCCAUCACCUAGAAAGGUGCUCAAAGACAGAACGAUCUACCUAUCUACUGUCUAUAACCCCGGAGGGAGUGGCCUACCCCUACUCUGUGAUUUCGGAGAAGCCCGCUUUGGCGAUGUUGAGAACAGCGACGACAUUAUGCCGAAUAUGUACAGAGCGCCUGAAGUCGUUUUGAAAGAGAGCUGGGGCUACAAGGUUGAUAUUUGGAAUGUUGCUAUGGUGGCAUGGGACAUCGUAAGCCCUCGCCACAUGUUCGACGGCAGAAACCCAGAUGGCAUCUUCGAUGACCGAGUACACCUUGCGGAGAUGAUAGCGCUCAUGGGACCUCCUCCAGCGAGUUUCCGCGAGCGGUGCAAACUGGCUUAUGUUUUCUGGGAUGAACAGGGAAAGUGGAAGGACUUGGCGCCGAUCCCGGAUGUUUCUUUGGAAAGUUUAGGUGCCGACAUUCCAGGGGAGAAUAAAGAGGGAUUCUUCCGGUGGCUUCGGAAGGCAUUGCAGUGGAAUGCAGAGGAUCAGCCGACUGCGACAGAAUUCUUGUUCGAUGAGUGGUUGAUGGAGGGGCUCAGACGGCCGAAUACUGAGGAGACGAAGUCAUAA